AUGGUAGUGUCAGAAGAAACACAGCCAACAAUCGAAGCUGAUGCAGCAACCAGUAAAAAAGCUGCAAAGAAGGCAGCAAAAGCAGCCGAAAAACAGCAGAAAAAAGCUGAACACAAGGCCGCAUCAGGGGACACGCAGAAUGAAUCAGCAGAGCCGGACAUCUCAGUGGGUCGUUAUGGUACACGCAAGUUGAUCCAGUCCUCUGGGGAACACCGUGACCGCGUUUACACCGACGUCAAGAACCUCGGUGUGCAUUUAGAUGGCCAGGAUGUCUGGGUCAGAGCUCGUCUCCAGACCUCCCGGGCCAAAGGUAAGCAGUGCUUCGCCGUGCUGAGACAGAGUUCCAGCACUGUGCAGCUGCUUAUCAGCGUCAGCGAGGAGCGUAGGGUCAGCAAACAAAUGGUCAAGUUCGCAGGCAACAUAAACAAGGAGUCAAUCGUGGAGGUGUUCGGGCGCGUGGUGAAGACCGGUGCUCCGGUGGCGUCAUGCAGUUGCAGCCUAGUGGAGCUGGUGGCCACGGAACUGUGGCUGGUGGCGGCCGCCAAGGCGCAGCUGCCACUCCUGGUCGAGGACGCCGCCAGGCCGGAGAAGAGCGACGACCCCGAGGCCCUCAGGAUCCGCGUGAACCAGGACACGAGGCUGGACAACCGCGUGCUGGACCUGCGCACGCCCGCCAACCAGGCCAUAUUCAGGAUAGAGGCCGGCGUCUGCAGGCUCUUCCGCGACAUCCUCACCGAGAAGGGUUUCGUGGAGAUCCACACGCCGAAGAUAAUAUCCGCGGCGUCGGAAGGGGGCGCGAACGUCUUCACGGUCUCCUACUUCAAGUCCUCCGCCUACUUGGCGCAGAGCCCGCAGCUCUACAAGCAGAUGGCCAUAGCGGCCGACUUCGACAAGGUGUUCACGGUGGGCGCGGUGUUCCGGGCCGAGGAUUCGAACACGCACCGCCACCUCACCGAGUUCGUGGGUCUCGACCUGGAGAUGGCCUUCAGGGACCACUACCACGAGGUGCUCGACACCAUCGGCGCCACCUUCACCGAGAUGUUCCGCGGGCUGCAGGAGCGCUACGCCGCUGAGAUUGCAACCGUUGGUGAGCAGUUCAAGGUGGAGCCGUUCAAGUUCCUGGACCCCCCGCUGAGGCUGGAGUUCCCGCAGGCGAUAGAAAUGCUCAAGGAGGCCGGCGUGACCCUCGGCGAAGAGGACGAUCUGUCCACCCCAGAUGAGAAACUGCUCGGGAGGCUGGUCAGGGCGAAGUACGAUACAGACUUCUACAUCCUGGACAAGUAUCCACUGGCCGUGAGACCAUUUUACACGAUGCCGGACCCCAAUAACCCGAAAGCGUCAAACUCGUACGACAUGUUCAUGCGCGGAGAGGAGAUAUUGAGCGGAGCUCAGCGGAUCCACGAGCCCGAGUUCCUCACGCAGCGCGCCCAGCAUCACGGCAUCGACAUCAGCAAGAUCGCCGCGUACAUCGAGUCGUUUAGGUUGGGGUGUCCUCCACAUGCAGGCGGCGGCAUCGGAUUGGAGCGAGUUGUGAUGCUGUACCUCGGUUUGGACAACAUCCGCAAGACUUCAAUGUUCCCGCGCGACCCCAAACGAGUGACGCCC